AUCAAACCCAGAUCUGGGUUAUUUCAACCCAAUAAGAACAAUCGAUGGCAAUGGUUAAAUGUUUUCGUUUCCCACAACGCGCCUUUUCACUACUCGUUCUCGAGGAGUCGCCUGUGGAUUCUCCGGGAAUAAACCACAACCACGCCGGUAGCUCCUUUCCGCUACGUCGGAGUCGUUCGCCAAUUCGUUGCUUGUGCCUCUCUUCACUACUAGAUCUCGAGAAGUCGGUUGUGGAUACUAGUCGAAUAAACCAUUGCUUAUGCCUUUCUUCAACGGACGAAAUGCUGGUUCGAGGUCGCGUGAGUGGCGUUCCACCAAGGAUCUCUCAGAUCGGUGUCAAUGAUGGUCCUGGUGAUGGUCGCUGCUUGAUGUCGAUGGAUUAUUGCCAAUGUGAUGAAACCUAGAUCUGGGUUUGAGAUUGCCAGUUGAAGAUUUACAGUUUUUGAGAUUGCUGUCUUUGUUACACAACAAAUUUUAUAGUUCUGAGAAUUGAUUCGUUAUUCUUAUGGUACAAUUCUUAUUCUCCUACUCGUAAUCUUGGGGUUUGAUUCGCUUGAAUGUUCUAUGCUGCUUUGUGUUCUACCUAAAUUUCAGCUAAUGAUUGAGUUGCUCAAUUAUUUAAUUGAAUUAUAACAUGUUUAUUUUGUUGUUAAUUUGGUUGCGUUUUAAUUGUAUCAUGGAGAAAAGCAGAUCGGUCAAGGUAUUGUUGGCUUAGGGUGGUGGAGGUGACUGCCUUUGCAUUUGCUGCUGUAAACUUGGGUUAUAGAAAUGUUGGUUCUCCGUCACGGUGGAUUUUAUAUGGGAAACUAUUUCUUUCAUUUGGAUUAUCAUUUUGUGUAGAAAAUGAACACACGACAUGACU